UUGUUAACAUUGUAAUAUAGUAUUCUGUAAACUAUUCAUUAUUUUUCUAAUUGCACCGAAGAAAGGCUUUGACUUAUGAUAGUUGCACGAAUCCCCGCGUAUCUGAAUGCUCCGCGUAUUUACAUAUGUUUAUCAGGUUCGAUCGUAAUCUUUACGACGAUCAGCGUCAUUAUCGUGGUUGUUAUCAUUGUCUUGCAGGUAACACUCCAGAUAACGAGCAAGCUUUAUGAGAACAGUUAGUCGAACGUUUCGUCUCGCAGAACGCGGACUUUGUUCGAGCCGCGGUGCGCGAUACACGCGUCCUCGAUAAUUUCAUCGUUCGCUGAUCUUUCAAAUGCUCUAACGUUUUAUUAGCGGAUUUACAGCCACGAUAAAGCUUCCUCGCGCAUUUUACUAAAAUGACAAAUGUUUCCUUUUCAUUUCUUUUUCUUUUUUGGUGAUCGUUGACCGUUCCAUUGGAUGAAAUAAAAAAAGAAACAUUAAAUCGCGAUGCAACGCGACGAAAGAAAGCUAAUUUGCAUAACCGUAUGGAACCGAUCCCCCGUGGAACGCGCGGUUAAUGCCGUCGAAGCUAAUUAAUUCCAGCCAAUUAACACCAUAUCGCGUCAAUUACAGAUUCGUUGAGUCACGACGACGGUUCUUGUGCAAGGAAUCGUCGCGUACCGUUACUCGAAAACGAGCGCGCCUUUUCGUUCGUACUCUCCUCUGAAAGCCGAAGAAAAUUGAAAGAAUUCCGAUGUGCACCAUUAACGAGACACAAACGCGUGACACGAUGUACGGAAAAAUGGUAACCAUCAGCUGCGAGUACAAGUUAUUUUUGCAACGAAUCGACUCGCAAGAUAAAUCAAUAUCUCGGUUAAGUGGUGCGAUAGAAAAAGUAAUUGAACGCUGCACCUUCGUCGUUGGUACAAGUUUCAAGUGCUUCUUCACGGUGUUUUAACGUUGAACGGUGAAGCGAUUAAACGAAAAGCGGAGACAGGAUGCAAUAAUCGAGUUUCCCUGCUAAAAGAAGAGAUGUGCUCAUCGGUUCGGUUAACAAGUUUAUCAUCGACCAGAAUUUAAAGUAGCACGGACAAUUGGAACGUAAGAGGUCUGCGAGGAGAUGUUACCUCAACGAGGAGGAAUGCAAAUCUCUCUGAUGAAUCAACACGAAAAUAUCUCGCUCGUCAAAAAUUUCGCUUCGAUUUACGCGAACCGGAGGUUCAUCUUCGGAUGAAGAAUUCUUAACGGACGAUCGAAUCGAUCGAAGGCUGGUGAAAAAAAUAACCAUCGCGUACUUACAAGCUAGUGAUAUCCCGUCGGUGAUCUUGGAUUACAAGAAAGGGGAAAAAUCAUCGGCGAGUGGGUGGGACAAACGAUCAUCGGAAGAAUGUCGUGCAGGAAGAAGAUAGACUCGAAACUGUGGAUGGAGUAUAGCCAGGCGAUGGAAACCGAGGUACGGACGUUGAAGCAGGAGCUAGUUCGUACCCAGGAGGCCUUGAGGGCGGCGACAAAGAGAUGCCGUGAUCUGGUGAAGGAGUUGGACAAUCGUACGGCGAGCCACGAGUCCGAGAGGACUCUUCGUGAUCAGCAACUCUCACGAAUACUCCGUGCCCUGCUUGUUCUCGAGGCGCGGCUGAAGCAGGAACAGAAAUCGAUCAGGCAGCUGCUCUGCGAGAAAGAUAACGUGAUCAGGAACCAGCAGCUCGAGAUCGCCAAGCUCAGACGUUACACGAAGAAUUACAUCAAGUGUAAACGCGAGCAAACGUUGGGAAACGCUUUGGCGAAGAUCGAAACGACCACCGACAUCGAGGAGAGUAGCCUUCAAGCUGUCAGCGAAAUACGAAUUCCAUCGUUGCAGGCAAACCCGAGACAGGACAGCAGUAUCAGCAAGGACAUUCAGAACCUGAAGUGUGAGAUAAUUACGAAACUGAACGCCUCGGAAGUGGUACCUGUUGCGCUCGAGGAGUUGGACAGAGGAGUGAAGAAGACUCACAGCUUCGCCGGCAGCGAUAUUUCGAAAACGAGCCUGACGAGCAGCGAGAACACGGACGUGUCUAUUAUCACAACCACCACCGAGGGAAGCCCCUCGUUGCUCAGCACCGAAGGUUUUUGCGAAGGCGAAAGCACGGAUGUAUCGCCUGGAUCGACGUUGAACAAGUCGAACAGAUGCACACCGACGAUGGUCACCGAUAGCGAGAACGAAACUACCAUGGUCUACGGUGACGAGGAUGACGAGGAGGAGGAGGAAGAGGAAGAAGAACGGACGAUGAUCGUGGUGAACGGUUCGAAGUUGCCUCGAAAGAAGGUUGGAAACGGUAGGUCGAAAGUACAGAAAGCUUGCAAAGACGCGGAGAUAAUCGAGGCCGGUAACAUCGCGAGGACAGAGAGCAAGGAUGAUGGGAUGGACUGUAAUUUCGCGUCGGAGGACGAGGAGAAGGAGCCUAUUUACGUUAACGCUUGCAACGAGACGAAUUCAAGGAACUUGGAACACACCGAGUGCAUCAUCACCGACGCGUCCAAGACGAACGACGAUUAUAGUAAUAAUAAUAAUCACGGUAGCGGCAUUAACAAUAAUAACAACAGCGUGAUGUUGAAAAUGGAGAUCGAGGAACAGACUGUAGAAGAGACCAGCGGGAAUUGGUACAGCGAUCCGGACGAGGAUAAGAUCAACGACGAUGUGUUCAGGCACAACACGUAUCGACCAAACAGUAAUCACAAUUCCGUCCUGGAAUGCGUCAAUCAGAUCCUUCUGAGGGACAUGGAGGAAGAGGAGAGCAUUCUUUCCGUGCCCAGAAGAUUCAAACACCGAGGAAGAAUCGUUCGGUUUCAGCCGGCAAAAUUGUCGGACAUCGAGUCGGUGGGUUCUGAAAUGGAGAGAAAGAAUUCCGAGGAAGGCAUAGCGGAGAAGGAAUCAGCGGGAAGCGAUUUUAACGACGUUCCUGCAAGUGGUUUCGAAGCUACAGCCACCGAGGACGAGUUUGGUAUGAGUAUCUCUCAAACGGUAUCGACGCCGAGCGUAACGAGUAACAUUGUAAAUCACGAGUCGAGCUUGGAAGAAGAGUCAGAGGAAUCGAAAGCAAUUCCGAUUGUAAUCAUAGAGCCAAAGGUCGAGCUGGAGGAGACGAGACACACGAGCUUCUGCUCUUCUCAGCCGAUACAAAAAACCAAGUCGUCGAUGAACAGUUCGGUGAAUCCACCUUUGAAAUUGGAACGAAUCGAGGAGAAAACGUGUUUGCAAAUGUCCGCGAAAGGGCUGACCAUAGCGAAAAACUUGGACUACGAGGACAUCGAAUCGCUUCCAGAGAUAAUGUCGCCUCCUCCUAAAACGCCGCCAGCGUUACCGCCUAAGCCACAGUUCAAGAACAACACGUUGAUCCUGAAGAAAAUUCCUAGUCCCUCGUUCCUGAUCGACGAGACGCGGAAGAAGCAACAGUUACUCGAAUCCAGCUCAGCCGAGCACAGCAAGAAGAUCUUUGGCUUCAUCUCGUCCCCUCUGAAAGCGGCAGGAAUCAACGUGUCGUCGGCGAGGAGCUUGAAUUUUGACGAAACCGUGAAUAAAGUGACGGGAAACAACGAGGAAGGGAGCUUCUGGAAGAACAGAUUCAACAACGUUCGCUCCUCGUUCCAGACGCGACAGAAUCACGAGUACAGCGGCGAACAAACGCGUAAAAUUCCGAGAGUCACAAACAUCGUUCGCCAUUUCGAGGAGUUCAAAAUCGGAGGCGAUUCCGACGAUCAGACGAAGGAACGCGGUAAGACGAAACACGCUCAUUCGGAGUUCGAUCAAGAGUUCGACAUCAGACAGAACUUCGAGGAGUUCAAUCUGGACGAGUGUGACCUGUCCGAUGAUCCUGAUCGGCCCGAAGGCGAUGGCUCGGAGAGACUCGGCAAUCUUGGGGCUACAGUUGGCCAGAACGAGAAAUCUGCCGCAACCAAAGACAAUAAUAAUGUUCCUCUUGCCGCGACCAAUCCGAGUAGCGGCUACGAUCACUUCCUGGAAGCAACAGGGCUUAGCAAUAAAUCUAUACUAACCCCGUCGAGAUUGCUGAGUAAUCAUAAAAGUAUGCUGAAGCCGAAAGACGUGAAGUAUAAGAAUAAAAUUAAAUCAUCCGCGGUCAUGGAGAAGCACGGUAUCUCUACGACUACCAAUAACACCACUCAUGUCAGACAUUGGACUGGUCCGUUCGUUUGACGGUUGGCUCAAGUUUUUCCAAAAAGUUUCUUCCAGCAGGAAGUCAUAGACGAAGGAACGUAAUCGAAAAGAAUGUUACUAUUGUGCGUGUUGUUGAGGACAUUGAUGGCUAUAGGAAAGAGUUCGACUGUGCUUCGAAUAAUUUAAACUUUUUUAAACACGUUUUUCAAGGUAAAAUGUAUUUCUGUAAAUUAUUAUUAAUGUCUUUCUAUUUUUUUUUUUUUUUUUUU